GUCAGGAUUCCGAUCAGUUUACCGGCAUCCCUCAGUCCGUACGUACGCGUCUGGUAGCAGCGAUUCGCGUGCCGUCGAUCACGUGCAUCCACACAAGACGCCGACUCUCACCGAGGCGACCGUGCAACCGUGAAAGCAAAUAGGAAGAGAGAGAGAGAGAGAGAGAGAAAGUCCUUGGUUAGUUUUCACACAGGAUUCAGAAUGUUGGAGAAGUUUCCACAUCCGAGGAAUAUCGACUCGCGAUCCUCUGGGAGACCUUGAGAAACUUCUUCGAGGAUAACGGUGCAGGUUCGUUCAGGGGAAUGUUUUUAUAUUGGAGGUAACUCUAAGAUUCUGUGAAUCGAUGCAUAACGAUGGAGAUCGAUGGAGCUGAAGAUUUACGUAAGUUUCAUCGAACCUCGCACGGAACUCCGUCUCCAUGUUGAUAACUCGAUUGCGGUGGUGUUAAUGGAAGGCUGAUCGGGAAUGAGGAAACCAUCCAACGUUUCACCCUGGAUCGAUGACUGUGACAAAAUGGUGGAUCGGCAAAAAGCACUUCUAAUGGUGUUAAUAGCUCUCUUAAUUUAUCCAAAUGACAUUUUUGGCGGUGCUUUUCCACCCGAAUUCGCUGAUACUAUACAAAAUGUAACAGUAUCGCUGGGAAGGGACGCAACUUUCACGUGUCUGGUCAAUCAUUUGGGGGGCUACAGGGUUGGGUGGCUGAAAGUGGAUACUAAGGCGAUCCAGGCGAUCCACGAUCACGUAAUAACUCACAAUAACAGGGUCUCGGUAUCUCAUAGCGAUCAUACCACAUGGAAUCUCCACAUAAAGAACGUGCAAAAGGAAGACGAGGGGCUCUACAUGUGUCAGAUUAACACAGAUCCGAUGAAAAGUCAGACAGGCAUGUUGUCGGUCGUCGUGCCACCGGACUUUAUUCCGGAAGAGACAUCGAGCGAUGUCAUGAUACGCGAAGGAGGACAGGUGAAGUUAACGUGCCGUGCAAGAGGCGUGCCUACACCCAGCAUAUCGUGGCGUAGAGAAGACGGGAAGAACAUUAUAAUUCGGAAGCCAUUUGCAGGAAGCGCCUUGAACCAAAAGUCUCAUGUGACUUCAGUAAACGAGUACCACGGCGAAGAGCUAAAACUGACAAAGAUCUCGAGAAACGAAAUGGGAGUUUAUCUCUGUAUCGCCAUCAACGGUGUGCCACCGGCGGUCAGCAAACGUAUUUCUAUCAACGUUCAUUUUUCGCCGGUAAUUCAUGUACCUAAUCAACUGGUAGGUGCACCUCUGGGUACGGAUGUUGUCCUGGAAUGUUUUGUCGAGGCUUCGCCCAAGUCGAUUAAUUAUUGGGUCAAGGAUAACGCGAUGAUAAUAUCGAGUCAACAACAUGACGUGCAGAUGAUCGAAAAAUCAAAAUUUGAGGUCCGGAUGGUGUUAACAAUUCGCAAUUUACAAAAAGACAACGUGGGUACUUACAAGUGUGUAGCCAAAAAUUCUCUUGGUGACGUCGAGAGCAGUAUUCGAUUGUAUGAAAUUUCAGGGCCUACAAAAACUCAAACAGUUGCUCGGCCAUCUUUUUACGAUGAAGAGGAUGAGACUGUCUAUGGUUCGGCAGAAAUCGAGAAAAUGGAGAACAAACCUCUAUCCGUAGACAAUACGAUCAGUGGACACGUAGGAUAUCCAUCGGUUGCAACUCCAGUGCCGACCGUAAGAAUCGGUAAGAAGAGGCCAACAAUCAGCGCCAAUUCUAACGCAAAUCAUCGUCGACGAGCCUCUGAUCUCCUCAUCAUUCUAAUGCUGAUCAUUGCUUGUGAGAGAUGUCAGUGAAUAGACAGGCAGAUAAAGGUUUGGAAAAUCUGCUGUUAUUAGAUAUAGAUAUAUUGAUAUAUUAAUAAUGUAAGAAAGGAUUGAUGUACGAUGCGCUUUAUUUUACAUUAAUUUUGUGCAGACCAAGCACGUAUUCACUUUCCUCAGUGACUUAUUCUUACAUUGUAAUUUUAAUGAUAAGAGAGCAAAAAUGAAUUGAUUUUGGCGAAUCGGUGAAGCGAGGGAAGGAUUUGGAUUAAAAUGAGAUUGUACGCAUUGCAACGUAUAGGAACAGGAUUUUGAAAUUGGGAGAUUUGAAUGAAAAACCUUUCAAGACAUUAAACGAAUUUAUAUUAAGAUUGUAUCUUCGAAAGAAAUGUCUUAUAAAGAAAAGGAGAUAUCAGUAGUAGCGUAAGUUUUAUUCAUCGAACAAUUAAUAAUUUUGAAUUUAAUGCUCAAAUUAUAAAAAAAAUGUGGGUGAACUUGUGGAAUCGUUUUGUCCUCUCCGAUUUUAACGAUUUUUUAAUAUGUUGUAAAGUUCAAUAUUUUGAAAAUUUUUCCCUAUAUGUAACCAUCGGUCUCGUUUAGUUUCCGAGAUAUUUAUAUUUAUAGUUUCCUAGCAAAAAUCUGUAGAUACUACUACGAUGUAUUUCUGCCUAUAGUUAUAAAUCCGUGGCAGCAUUGGUUGCCGGUCGUGUAUCUUCUGUUUAUAUACGGAAGUCGGGCGAGCUUAAAGGCCUUGUGCACAACUGCAUAUGUGAGGCUGCAAGAAGUGUCUAUAAUAAUUCACUUAAAAAUGAAUAUUAUCAAUUUAUUGGGU